AAAAUAUGUUGGAUGCAAAGGACAAAGAGGUGAAGAAAUUGCGCGCACGGCUCGAAAAAAUGGGAGAGCCGAUAAGUUUCACAGGGAGUUUGACGCAGGCUGAGAACGAUGGUGCGGGCAAGAAUGCCACUGCCAGCGAUGACGAAGAGGAGACUACCAAGCUUUUGCAUGCUCUUGAGUCUCGUGAUAAGCAUAUCGAAUCUCUAGAACUCAAAAUCAAAUAUUUAGCUGAAGAAAUGAUGUCUUCCACUCGUCUAAUGAACCAACUCUCUGCUGAAAAGGAGGAGGCGCGCAAUCCAAACAAAACUCGCGCUUGCUGCAAGACCAUCGAGGAGUCUCUACAGGCGGCCAAUGAACGUUGUCGCGAGCUCUCUGAGAUGCUCGAACGCAGUGAAGAGGAUAAUGCGCUAAAGUCCAAGCAAGCCAUGCACGCCAUCUCGGCGCUCGAGGCAUAUCAACGUGGCGAAGAUGGGCUGGUAAAAGCAUUGCGUAAGUGUACUGCACUCGAGCAGAAG